AUGAGUGAGGUACCAAAAAAGAAAUUGACGGAGGAGGAGCGGGCUGAGCUAUGUCAGAAGCUAGACGACGAUUUGGACCGAUACAUGGAGGAGUUGGCCGAAAAAAGCGUGAGUUUCUUUUAUAUUGUUUUAGUUUCUGUGUUUAGAAGGCCAAGAACGAAAAGAAGGAACCGUUUGAUUUGGACAAAGUGUUGGCAGAGCUAGAUCAGCAUCCAUUCUUUAUGAAGGAUUUGAAAGCUGGAGCUGACGGACAAUAUUCAGCACAAGUGCAGGCUUUACAGGUAUGGUGGAAUUUGCGAUGAUAUUUGAGGGAUAAAAUGUUGUUUUUUGGUUUCAUGAGGAGGUUAUCAUAUUGGUUGAUCUAUUUUUAACAAUUUUGGAGCGCAUUACGUUUUUUUCUUAUAGGUUUGUUAAUUUUAUAUUAUCUUUGACGUCAUAUGUGCAGCGGAACAGGAUACAUCGUUUUUACUUGUUCUUUAAGCAAUUUUUAAGGGUUCAUCACUUACAUUACAUCAAAUAGAGUGUAUAAAUACUUUUAAACUUAAAAAAUCACAAUUAACUUUGCAACUUGAUUUCCAGGCAUUAAAAUUCGAUGAUGAAGACUCAGCCGAAGACGCUCUUUACGACGCAAAGAAGGCAAAAGAGGAAGGAAACAAGUUUUUUGGUCUAAAGAAGUACCGAUGGGCCAUAGAACAGUACUCGAAGGGUAUCAAAGCCUUCUGUCAAGAUGCCGAGCUCAAUUCUAUGCUUUAUGGCAAUCGUUCGGCCGCCAACAAGUAUCUCGGCAAUAUGAAGAGCUGUGCCAAGGAUAGCUUGUUCUCCUGGAAGUUCAAUCCACGGAAUUUGAAGGCAGCGUUGAGAGGUAUUGAAGCAUUUUGUGAUUUGGGAUAUGCUACAAAGUCGUUGGAGUUUGCUGAUAAGGUUGAGAAGACGUUGGAGAAGGUCGAGGCGGAGGAGAAGACGUUAGAUGAGGAGAAAUGGAACAAGUUUAAGGAGGAUUUGGGUAAAUUAAAGAAGAAGGCUAAAGAAAGGAAGGUGAAGGAGGAAAGAGAUGUUCGGAAGAGGACUGCUGAGGUGAGUGAUAAUGAAAAAUUGAAAAAAUAGAGGUUUCGUCACGGGUAAUAUAAAUUUUAUAAUGGAUAAUCUGCGUUUUAUUAUUGUUAUGGAGAAAAAUAGAGGUUUUAUCAAGGGUAACAUACGUUUUAUCAAAGAUAACAUACGUUUCAUCAUGGAUAAUAUGAUUUAAAACAUGAAUAACAUCGCUUAUUGUUGAAUUACGUAUAACAUUUACAGGAGAAACGAAUAUCAGAAGAGAAGAAGAACUUGUUGAGUUUAUUCGAAUGGAGAGGUCUUAGCUUCAAGCCCCCAAUUGAUUACAGAAAUCCAGAAGAACUCGAUUUCAAUGAUCUCUGCAUACGAUCACCGUAUACAAAGGUAAGAGUGGGUUGGUAAAAUACGCCGUCUAACGCGUCUAGUCUUGUUCGUUUACUAAUACAGGGUUUUAAACAGGCUUUUUUUAGGAAAUUCUUCAAGAACGAGUGUACAUUGACAAAGAAACCAAUGGUUUAAUGUGGCCCAUUCUACUACAAUAUGUUGGAGCUGGCCAAACAGAUAUGAUCAAGGAUUCUCAUGAAGAUUUGUUGUUAAGUCGACUACUAAAACCAGUUUUUUCUUCUCCAGCACCAUGGGACAGUGACGAAUGGAAUUAUAGGAAGUAAGGCGAUUUUGUUUUAGGCAUCGCCAUUAGUGAGGGGGGUUUGGGAAAAAGAAGAUUUUUGAAAAAGUAGUUGAUGGAUUGCCUUGAAAUUUGGUUUGAACAAUGAUAAAAGACUAUUUAUUGCUGGCGGUUUUUUUCAUUAAAUUAAUGCAAAAGUAAACCCAAUAAUGUAAAGAAUGUGUCAUACGGUAGCUUGCUGAAGAAGUACAGAAUAUUUACGUAGAAAUAAUUUAUCAUAAUGUACUUUUUCUUGCCAAAUAAGGCCUUUUUCCUAUCAUAAUAUACAUUUUUCCUCAAUUCUAAAUUUUUUUCUAUUUCAGAGACAAUGUUCGACUAUUGUUGCCAUUGGACGUGUUUGAUGAUGAACAACUUCUUGAAGUAGACAUGGAUCAAUCACUAAAAGAUUUGCUUUCAUCCACAGAUUAUACCAUUCUUCAAGGUCUACCCAUCAUCCAGGUAUACCUAAAAGAGAAGGUUGAACAAGAGUUGGAGUAUUUGGGCAAGAAUAGGUUUAGACCAAAGUAA